CAUGACAUAACUGAAAAAGAAAAGCUGUCUUACAAGCAAACCCAAAGUCCCAACAUAUAAAUAUCGAUCCACUUUCUUCAUUCCUCUUAGUCCAUCUAGGAAGAGAAUUUUGCUACCGUGCAUCCGAUGGGGAGAUCGCACUUGGCCUCUUUUCUUCUAUCGCUGUUGGCCGCUGCCAUGAAAGUGGUGAUGUAGUCCACGAGGUAACUGAACUGGAUAACAAGCUCGGUGUCGGCGAUCCAUUCCCCGGAGGGCAGCCAGCGAGUACUUCAGACGUCGAUCUCUAUGCCGUCGAGAAGGAGCUCUACUUGGGGGAGAAAUGCGAGGUGGAUGACCAGCCAAGGCCAUGGCAAUUCUGGAUGAUCAUGCUCAAGAAUGGCAAUCUAGACACGACCGCCGCGCUGUGCCCAGAGAACGGCAGGCCGGUCGGGCCUUUUCCGAGGCAGCCGAGCAGGUUCCCCUGCUUUGGGGAUGGGUGCAUGAACCAGCCGUUGGUGUUCCACAACUACACGGCCUUGGAUGGGAAUACUCUGAGGGGAAGGCUGUUUGGGUCGUACGAGCUUGAUGCCGAUCUUGCUGAAUCUAGUAAUAACAUCUCCUACUACUCGGUGACGUGGGUGAAGGAGGUGGGAAAGGGUGGAUGGGCCUUCCACCAUGUGCUCAAGACCUCCAAGAAGUACCCCUGGCUCAUGCUUUACUUGAGAUCCGAUGCUACCACGGGGUUCUCUGGGGGUUACCACUAUCCAACCAGAGGAAUGACCAAAAUAAUACCGGAGUCUCCAAACUUCAAGGUGAGGAUCACACUGGACAUCAAGAAGGGUGGGGGUCCAAAGAGCCAGUUCUACUUGAUGGACAUGGGCAGCUGUUGGAAGAACAAUGGCGACCCCUGCGACGGCGACGUGACGACGGAUGUCACCCGGUACAGCGAGAUGAUCCUGAACCCAGAGACAGAAGCAUGGUGCAAGCCUAAGGCCAUCCACGAGUGCCCCCCUUACCACACCUUUCCAAACGGCACCCGAGUGCACCGGACCGACACCGCCAACUUCCCCUACGCCGCCUACCACGUGUACUGCUCGCCGGGGAAUGCGAAGCACGCCGAGCAGCCCACCACCUACUGCGAUCCCUACAGCAACCCCCAGCCUCAGGAGAUCCUCCAGAUACUGCCCCACCCGGUGUGGGGGCCCUACGGCUAUCCCACCAGGAAGGGGGAGGGAUGGGUGGGGGAUCCCAGGACCUGGGAGCUCGACGUGGGGAGGAUGUCUCGCUCGCUAUACUUCUACCAGGAUCCAGGCACGACUCCGGCCAGGAGACAGUGGCCAUCGCUUGAUGUUGGCACGGAAAUCUAUAUUAGCAAUGAUGAAGUGGCUGAGUGGACGCUAAGCAACUUCGACAUCAUAAUUCCAAAGGCUGGCAAAUUAGUUUCCUCUUCGAUGUAAUAGAAAGUUGGUAGGAUAGCUGAGAAGCAACCAAGAGAAUUUCUUUUUCUCCAGUUCUUAUUGAAAAAAAUAUUGCUUGUUGGGUUAUUUAUCAA